GCACACUGACGCAAAGCGGAAGUGUCGCGCUUAGCGGGAACCGGCGCCCGGAAGGUCAGCGUGUGAAGUAGGCGCUGGCGACGCGGGGUUACCCGCUGUUAUUGAGGAGUAACGGCCUAGCGGACCACCCAGGCUUAAGGCAGCGGCGGGAACCUCUCGGUUUGCUGCGAUACCAUGGAAGGAGGCGGGGGAAGCGGCAACAAAACCACAGGGGGAUUGGCCGGCUUUUUCGGAGCCGGCGGAGCAGGUUACUCGCACGCGGAUUUGGCUGGCGUCCCGCUAACUGGUAUGAACCCUCUGUCUCCUUAUUUAAAUGUGGAUCCACGAUACCUCGUGCAGGAUACAGAUGAGUUUAUUUUACCUACCGGAGCUAAUAAAACUCGGGGCAGAUUUGAGCUGGCCUUCUUUACGAUUGGAGGAUGUUGCAUGACAGGGGCUGCGUUUGGGGCAAUCAAUGGUCUUCGGCUAGGAUUGAAGGAAACCCAGAACAUGGCCUGGUCCAAACCAAGAAAUGUACAGAUUUUGAAUAUGGUGACUAGGCAAGGGGCACUUUGGGCUAAUACUCUAGGUUCUCUGGCUUUGCUCUAUAGUGCAUUUGGUGUCAUCAUUGAGAAAACACGAGGUGCAGAAGAUGACCUUAACACUGUAGCAGCUGGAACCAUGACAGGCAUGUUGUAUAAAUGUACAGGUGGUCUUCGAGGGAUAGCACGAGGUGGUCUGACGGGACUAACACUUACCAGCCUCUAUGCACUAUAUAAUAACUGGGAGCACAUGAAAGGCUCCUUGCUCCAACAGUCACUCUGAAGAUUUUGCCAACUCAUGAAUGGAGGACACUUCAGUAGUCAUCUAGAUCAUUUUAUAAGACAGUUUGGAGUUAUUCUCUCUCUUCUACCUACAAUUAGUUUGAAAAAUUGGAGAUUUUGAUUUGCUGUGAUGAAGAUCCUGGAUGGUUGACCAAGACUGGCACUUGUUCCAGCCGUUAGUGAGUUGAAGCCAAAGCCCUUUGGUGACUCACUGAGUACCAUGGUUCUCUUCUCUGGAGAAGAUCUUGCACGUAUCUGUUCUCCUCCCCUAUGAACUAGAAAACCACUUACUCCCAGAAUUCAGGUUGUGCUUGUCAGUACUAUAUCACCAAGUCUAUUCAUUUAAUGAUCCAAAACUGUAACGUUGCACUGUAUUCCAAAUAAAGGGUAAAAACAGAACCAAAGUUAUAACUCCAACACACAAA